AUUUAUUCAUCUUUUCAAUCAUGAGAAAUCAUAUUUUUACGAACCUUUUUUUGGUCCUUAUGAUAUUUAUUUUUUUUAUUAAUAAUAAUUUUAAUGUUAAUGCUGAAAUAACUAUCAAAGCAAUGUUAAAAGCAGAUAUUAAUGAUAAAAAAUUGGUAACUCGACAAACUGGACCCUCAAAAUUAAGUUGUUAUUAUGCUAUUGAUAAUGUUCAUAAAUCUACUACUCUUGAUGUUGGAGUACCUCAAAAUACAAUUUUUGCAAAAUUUACUAUAGAAUGUAAUGUUAAAUCAGUAAAAGUUGCUGUUACUAAGUAUUCAUUAGAAAAAUUCGAUACAAACGUUCAGUGGGUUAGUAUGACGGGUGUUUCUAUGAAGAAUUUAGGAAGUGUAGGAAUUCCUAAAACUAUUGGAUCAUCUAUUAUUGAUAGUUUUUUACUCAGUGCGGACCCUUCAGAAUGUCUUAAUGCUCCAGAUGAUGGACUUGGAGUUUUGGCCAGGGCUGAAAUGUGUUUUUCUUUUAACGCUCCACCAGAAUAUACUGUAACGUAUUUACAACCCUGUGCAAAGGCUGGAAAUAUUAUAUCGGAUUGUCCUAAUUCUACUCCAUCUCCGGGAGGAAUUCCAUUUCCUCCUGGAAAAAUCCCUCCUCAAUCUCCAAAUAAACCGUCCGAAAAUAUUCCAUCUCCCAAGCUUCCCAAGCCUCCUAAUUCCCCUGAUUCAGACUCUCCAUAUUGCUAUUAUAAUUAUACUCCCACUAGUACUGCACCAUCUAAUACCAUAAUUACCUCUACGCCUUCUCCUUCUUUAAUUUGCUUAAAUUCUUCCUCUUCUUCCAUUUUUUCAUCAUUUUUCUUUCCUCUUUUCUUUUCUUGUUGUUUUUCACUUACUUUUCUUUUCAUGAUAUGAAAUUUAUUCUCUAUAUAGA